CACAUACACACACUCACUAUCUAUUUUGGUUAGUAUCUUUGUCUCUCCUUUAGUUAGUCUAUAAGGUGCAGAAGCUCAGUCCAUCAACUCAACUCAUUCGUCCUGAAUCUUACUCCCUCAGCUAUAUAUAUGCACACUUACCUUGCUUGGUGCUCACUCCAUCAGCUAUUGCAUAAUAAUCCACAAGGCUGUUUUGGCAUCAGAGUGUAAGGACAGGAAAUAUUGUGCAAAAUGAAGGCUCUUGAGAGGUCUGAAGAUGGGUCUAAUUUGACUACUUUCAUGACUUCUUAAGUCACAGGGCCUCUGUCUUAAACUCUUCAAUACUGCUGGUUUAAACACAUGCACCCUCCCACCCUUGCUUAGUCUUUAAAGUACAAAGCCACCCUACUUUUUACCAGUGUUACAGCCACUUUAGGAGCUGACUGAAAGGCCACUGUGCCCUUGCUGGCACAGUUCACAUCCAUCUCCCUCAUGACUGCAGCCACCAUAUACCACUGUCGCUUCAGUGUGGUGAAUAGCUAUGGAAAUUGUUAGAGCCUUAUUAAUGCACUGUUGAGGGGUUUACGAUAGAGGCCCCAUGGCUUAAGAAGUCAUGGAAGUAGUUGGUUAAUGACACAUUUCCAAAUCAGAUCCAUUUUCAGACCUCUCAAGAGCCUUCAGUUUGCUGAAUGUUUCCUGUGCUUACACUCUGAUGCCAAAUCAGCCUCUGAGGUUAUUUCAUAAUAAUCCACAAGGGCUGUGGACCACUGGCAGAAGGACUUUUUGAAAUGCUCACUUUGGUCCUUGGCAACUGCUACCUGUAUUUUGUUUUUCUCUUGCACCCUCCAUUUUAGAUGCCUUAUUAUGUCUGGGUCUUGAAAGGCAAUGAAGGUUGGGGAAACCUUCCCUGUAUUUAUUUCUCUUGCCUUACCUCACACAAAGAGAGACAUAAUUUAGUCCUUGUGGCUUGAGAGAAAUGGCUGCCUAAAAAAUGUCUGCUUCCCAUUAAAAUUUCAUCAGCUUUGUUGAAACUUUAGAGGUUGUUGUAGUGUUGUGUAAGCCAUGCAACUUGCCCUUGCAAAUUUUGACAGGUGAUUGAUAUGGCCACAUUUUAUUCCCUUUCCUUAGCGGAUUUACCAGGAAAACAUUAGAAUAUGUUCUUUUGAAACGAGCCACAAGAGAAUAUAAGAAAGUGUAUGGUUUUAUAUUUGCUCUUAAAAGUUUGUUAAACUGUAGGGCUUAAUUUUUUCAGGGCUUGCUGAGGCAAAGCUACUGAUGUCAGUAGGAGUUACGGAUUCAGAAAGAGUAUAGGAUGAAGAAAUGUUAAGUAGAGUUUACUUAAUUCAUCUGGAGAGUGUUUGUGUAAACUUGAACAAAUACAAUCUCUAAAUAAUAAUGUCAUAUAUUCAAUUAGAACCGAGUCUUUUUUGGUGGUCUGCUGAGGAGAAUGAAAAACUUGUGCAAUUUUGGGAAAAUUUCAUUUUGAUAAUGGAAACUUUAGAGGGAAAUCAGAUCCAUGUUAUAAAGCCAGUCUUGCCAAAGUUAAACCGUUUAUAUGAAUUGUCAGUAUCGGGGAAAAAAGGCUGUUGGUUGUUUCACCCUUCAUGGCAUAUGUGUAUUUAUAAAAGAAUGUUUGAGAGUGAAAACAAAACAAUAACAAAGGAAGGAGUAAUUCACUUUUUGGAGCUUCAUGAGGCAAAAUGCAUUCCAGAUUCACCAGGGUUUUCAGAGUUUAUUAUCGGGCCAUUAAUGGAUGCACUUUCAGAAAGCUCUCUCUAUAGCAGGUCACCAGGGCAAUUGAUAGGAGCCUGUCCUCCCAUAGGAAUAAAAUUACAGAAGUUUUUGGUUGCGUACCUCACACUCCUUUCAGAAGAAGAAAAAAGCAGUUUUCUGUUAAAAUUUAUUCAGAAAAUGACAAGCAGACAUUGGUGUGCUGUUCCCAUUUUGUUCCUGUCUAUGGCACUGGCAUAUAUCCCAGCAUGUAAAGCAUUGGGAAUGGAAGGACUUCAUGCACUAAGAGAUGUCCUGCAGUGUACUAUGAUCACACAUCAGAUUCUCUUACGGGGAGCUGCUCAGUGCUAUCUUCUUCAAACAGCUAUGAACUUAGUAGAUGUGGAGAAAGUGUCACUUCCAGAAGUUUCACGUUUCCUUGUGUCUCUUAGACCAGAGGAAUCCUUAAGGAGGGGGACGAUACUGUGGAUGGAGCUUUGUAGUUGGCUGUGCACUAAUGAUGGCCACUUCAGAAAGUCCAUAAAAUGUGAUCUUGAGCAUCAAGAGAGAUCAUCAUUAAGUACAUAUGUACUUACUCUUGUUGAAGAUUACCUUAAGGCACCACCAUCUGAAAGGGAAAGUUGCUUUAUGCCUGACUGGUUUGAAGCUAAGCUUGUUGCUACAAUGAUUCUGCUGGCUGCAGAUGUAGAGGAAAUGAAGAAUAAACACAGUGAAAAAAUCAACACAAAAUGGAUUGAAUUAAAGGCUUUCUUGUACCCUCUUCUGGAUGUCUUGCUGAAACUUGGCACUAAUGUUUAUAUCCCAACACUGAAAGCUGAUAAAAGCCUGCAACUGUUGUUGAAGUUAUUACAGACCUGUUCGUUAAAAUGUUCUAAUCCACAAGAUGAUGGGGUAUUAACUUUUCUCUGGAAGUGUGUUGAGACUUCUGUAGACAGUGUUUUAGAUUUUGUUCUCCGAAGGCUUACUACAGGUGAUUUAAACACUGUUUCAGAUUUGGAUCGUUGUAAUUUAUACUUGGCUUUAGUAUCAGAGCUGGUAAAUUUAUCGUUGAACAUUGGUUGGAAAAAGGGACCAUCCAUCUGGAAUUUCAUCUCUUCUUUGACAAAUGCCUCUAUUCAUACUCUGCAGGAGGCAAGCAAUGAACAGGAACCAAAACUUCGAGAACAGAUUCAGAAGGUAGUUAGUAUGGCAUCACUAACUGUGGUGUGUGAGAUUAUUGAUCAGAAACCCGAACUGCAACUUGAAUCUCUGCAACCUGUUGAGACCCUAAAAAGAUUUAUUUCUUCUGCUCAACUUAAUCGAGUAUUAAAGAAGCCAUCUUCUAUUGAAGAAAAAAGUAGUUUAUUUGAAGAAUCAACUUGUCAAGGAUGGGGGAAAAUAGUUGCCUGCUACAUACAUGAUCAGUGGGUUUGCCUUCAUUUUCUUUUAAAAAAGUAUCAGAACCAUAUACCACGAUCAGAAGAUGAGACUUUGGAAUUAGAUUUGCCUGCAGUUCAGAGACCAAGAAGAACUUUCCAGUCUGCUUUGGAAGCCCUAACUGUUCUUCCUUCUGAGCAGGUUUUACCUGUGUUUCAUUGCAUGAAAAUACUUAUUCCCAGGCUUCUGGUUUCAUCUGAGACUCUCUGCAUUGAGGCUUUUGAUCUGGGUUGGAAAAUUAUAUCCUCUCUGAGCAACACACAGCUAAUAUUUUGGUCUAAUUUAAAAGCCUUUGUUCAAGUUGUUUUUGAUACUGAGGUUCUUGCUGUUGCAGCAAGUAGCAAAGGUCAAGCAUAUGCAAAAAUAAGAGAGAUGAUAAGCAGACUAAUUGAAAUGUCCACUACAAGGACGGGAGUCUUUAAUAUAGUACUAAGCUAUUGCUGUCAGUCUUGGGUACUUUCUACUUCUGAUGACGCACAUAUUUCAGAGAAUCCCUUCUUGAAUGCUGGUGAAUACAGUGAACUUCUUAUGGAGGCUUCUGUCUUUGGAACUGUAUUCCGGCGAGAUCAAAGACUUAUUCAGGAUGUACAUGCCUUUGUAGAAAAUCUUGGAGAUAAAUGUGCAGCAAAUGUUGUCACAGAAAGUACGAACCGAGAUGAGCAUUAUGUGCGAAUCUGUGUCAUCAAAUUCCUGUGUUUGUUAGAUGAAUCGAAUAACUCGCACAAGAUAUUUGUAGAAGACCUUGUUACCAAACUCCUUGAUAAAGAUGAACUGAUAUCCAAAACUAGAACACGUUAUUAUGCAAACUCUUUACAGCACAGAGUUAAAAACCGGUUGUGGCAGACACUGUUGGUUCUUUUACCAAAGCUAGAUCAGAAUUUUUUGACUGAGGCGCUUGACAAGAUUCUUCAAGCUGGAUUUGAGAACAAUCAAGCAUCUGUAAAAUACUUGAUAGAAUGGAUUAUCAUCUUGAUUCUACACACAUACCCCCAAUUCCUUUCAAAAUUCUGGGAUUGUUUUUGCUAUGAUGAAGAAAAGCUUAAAACUAGUAUCUGUACAUUUUUAUCAGUGCUGUCACACUUCAAUGUUAUUCUUCAGAAUACCUCGGAGAAGAGACCAGUUCUGAAAAAGGCUCUUAUUGUUGUUCUACAGUGGUGUUUCAACCACAAUUUCAGUGUUCGGCUUUAUGCAUUAAUAGCACUUAAGAAGAUCUGGGGCAUGUGCAAAACACUGCAUGUAGAAGAAUUUGAGGCCUUAACACCCGUAAUUGAAUCUAGUCUCCAUCAAGUGGAAAACAUGCAUGGCACAGGGAAUGCUAAAAGGAAUUGGCAACGAAUCCAAGAACAUUUCUUUUUUGCAACAUUUCAUCCACUUAAGGAUUACAAUCUAGAGACGAUAUUUUACACCCUUCCACGCCUUUCGGAACUGGUUGAAGAUGAAUGGAUCUCACUUUGUAAAUUUACCAGAUUCACUAGCAUUCCUUUGCCAUCAACAUAUCAGUGGUAUCAUUCUCGAGCUGAACUUCUUGACCUAAAGCCAAGUGAUUGGUCUCAGCAAGACAAGGGUUCAAAUUCAGUUGAAAUGGAUAACCAAACAGAAUGGACUGAUGUUCAGAAAAAGAUUAUCCCUUGGAAAAAUAGCAUUCCUGAUUUAGACCUGGAACUGGUGUUUCAGGACCGUGCUGCUAAACUUGGUAAAUCAAACAGUAGACUGAUUGUAGUGGCUUCACUUAUUGAUAAACCCACAAAUUUAGGAGGCUUGUGUCGUACAAGUGAAAUAUUUGGGGCAUCUGCUCUAGUUGUUGGCAGCCUUCGUUAUAUACAUGAUAAACAGUUUCAGCAGCUCAGUGUUUCUGCGGAACAGUGGCUUCCCCUUCUUGAGGUGAAACCAUCUCAGCUUGUAGAGUAUUUACAGCAGAAAAAAAUGGAAGGCUACACUAUCAUAGGGGUGGAGCAGACAGCCAAAAGUUCUGACCUGACAGAAUAUUGCUUUCCAGAGAAAUCCUUGUUAUUGCUGGGAAAUGAACAUGAAGGAAUCCCAGUAAACCUGAUUCAGCUUCUGGAUGUGUGUGUGGAAAUUCCUCAACAGGGUAUCAUUCGCUCACUCAAUGUUCAUGUAAGUGGAGCUCUGCUGAUUUGGGAAUAUACAAGACAACAAAUGAUCAAGCAGAAACAACUGAAAUAGCUGGAAGAGUCUUGUGCCUUACAGUGCAGCUGGAUGGAUGGCUCUUAUGGUGCUAUAAAAUAUUUUUAAAUACAUGGAAUAAUUAAGCUCAGGGUGAAUGAGUGUGUUUUUAACUUACGCAUGUCUUACUAUUUUCCUGUAUUGUGCAAAUACUGGUUUUUAAAUGCCUUAACAUAUGAUCUGAUUGUAUACUCCUGUUUUAUUGGUAAUAAAUAUUCUUAUUUGUA